AUGACCCCCGUCACUAAGAGAGCUCAUAUGAGCUCGGCCGACGAAGCCGUCAAGGAGCCUCGUCAGAGCAGUUCGCCGUCAAACAUAGCCAACACCAGCGUGCUGACUGGCGCCAAUGACGAGUCUGACUCAGAGAAGGACGAGUUGAAGGAGGAAGAAGAGGACGUAGAGCGCUCCAUCAGUCGUAAUGGGGGCUUCAGGGACCUCAAGAUCAUCAUUGGCGAGCUGAAGGCGGGGCAGGUGCUCACCCCUGGGCAGAAGAAGCGUCUUGAGCUGGGGCUGAAAGCUGCGCACGGCGAGUAUGAACGAGUUAGGAAGAGCAAAGUGAAGGGAGCGGAGAAGCAGCUCGUGAUCAACAGAGAGAAUGGAGAAAUGGUGAGAGCUAAGCAUCAAGGCGCUUGCUGUUUGGGUAACAACGCGGCUGAUGUGUCCACCGUCUGCUCUGCCGCCGUGCCGCCGUUCACGAAUGUCGCUAGAGCUUCCCCUCCUGCAAAGCUCCUCAAUCGCGCCGUACGCGCAAGGAGACCGGCUCCUAG